GCUGUUGGUCUAGGAUAUUGGGAGCGCAGUUCCAUCGAAACUUUGAAGACAACAUGUUGAAUUUUAUUUUAGGUGCUGUUUUGUAGUGCAUGCUUCACCGAAGAGAGGUGGCAAAUCGCGUGCUAACAAUUGAUCCGUGUUUGGAGACGCAGCUCAUUAGCACAGAUUGUCAACGCUUUAACAUGGAAAGAUGGCAGUGUGGGAAGCCUAACCCUAUAAAAGGUGAGGACACUGCUGUAAAUGUUGAGGACCAGAGUCAUAUCUCUGGAGGAGGUGAUUCCCAUCAGGAAGUACAGAUGGACCACUUUGGACAUCCUCUUUUUCGUCUGAGCCCGUCAUUGAGAGCUGAGCCUGUGCCGCAGACGCUGGGACAUUCAGACAGUUCCAGACUAGACGAGCAUCUGGGUGUGUCUCGGAAUGUUGAGGAGAUCCUGGACUAUUGGAGACUGGACCCUGUUUGUAGUCCUGGAGGUUCAAAGACAGGAGCUGGAGAUCCAGAGCUAUUACCAGUCGGUAACAAGACACCAACAGCUAUGAUGGAUGUUCCUGUGUUUACUCUAGCCUCACAAAUAGAUCUGUCCAAUGGAGGAGUAACAUGUGAGCCAUGUGAUGUUAAGAAAGUACCUACAGAGACCAAAUGCAGUGCAUUGACCUCCCUUCACAUUAGAUCCAAAGAGAAGCAGCAGUCAGAGUCUAGUAAAAAGACUGAAUUUGAUUUAUCUCAGUGUAAAAGCGAGAUUAUGUCUGAAUGUCCUGAGAUGAAAGUUGAGGAUCCUAUUUGGUCAUAUUAUUAUCAGAUUGAAUCCGGCAUUACUCCAGUUAAGAAAGAGUCCUUAGAAAAUGCUACUGUAGCUGUCAAAACCAAAAAUGAAUUUAAUUCUGAAAUGAAAGUUGAGGAUCCUAUUUGGGCAUGUUAUUUUGCAGAACAGGAAAAAGGGGUGCCUAAUGUUGAAAGGAAAACAUAUGCUGCACAUGUGAAAGAAGAACCUGUAGAUAUUGAGAUUCCAUUUAGCUUUGCUCUUGGUUCAUCUUCACCGGAAAACGAGAUGGAAGAUGGAAACGGAGGCCUAAAUGCAGUGAAACCUGCCGAAGAACAAAGUGUGAAAAACUCUACAGAAACUUACUAUGUGAAACAGGAAAUGGUGGACAUCAAAAAUGAAGAUCCCAUAUGGGCUAAUUUUCACCUGAAUGAAGUAAAGGAUUUGAAGCCAAAAUAUGAUCAUUUAGUAUCUCUACUUCCGUCAAUGAUAGAAGACAACCAUCAGCCACCAAUCUUCAAGGAAUUGCUAUCAUUGAUGACUGAGAGUACAAAACCCAUCCAUAUGGUCAACGUAUCGGUGCCUACAAUCACAGGAGGGCAGGAACGCACUAUGACCUCUGACCCAAAAGGCUCUUCUCAGCCCAUUUCACACCAGCCCAUUUCACACCGGCCCAGCAAAAAGCAAAGGUUGGAGUGCGAGCCUGGUGACAAAUCACUGGCCUCUAACUCAACACAGGCAAAUACAAACCAGAGAUCACAUAAUAAGCCACAGCAGCAAGAUGGAACACCAGGCUUAGACCGCUCAUUACCAAUGCCAGGUAUUAAACAUCUGCCUCAAACAUCAAACAUCUACAACAAACUUAAACCAUCUCCUACUGCAAAAGAAAUUGUAAAUACCUGCCAACUAUGUGGGAAAUCCAUUGCUUCACAUAAACUGUCAGCAGAGGCUGUAAAAGGACCCGGACAGACAGACACAACUAGACCCUGGACAUGUUGUGUAUGUAAAUCAACUUAUAAAGGCCCAGGACAGUGGGUGUUUCACAGACAAAAACACAUUAGUGGCUUAAAAUGCCUUGAGUGUGGAAAGUGUUUUAAAACACAACAUAGCUUGGAGGUUCAUAGUAAGACACAUUCUAAGGAAAGGCCUUUCUCUUGUGAGGAGUGCGGCAAGACCUAUCGCACUCUCAGCCUUCGCAACGCACACAUUUACAGUUGUCACACAACUCCCAACCAUGCCUGUCAGGAGUGUGGCAAGAGUUUUAGGCAAAUAGCCCAUCUACACAUUCACAUGAACAUACACACAGGACAUAGACCCUACCAGUGUGGAGACUGCAAGGCUGCCUUCAAGUCGCCCUCCGCACUGUAUACGCACAAGACUAUUCACACAGGUGAGAAGCCCUUUGUCUGCCCUCUGUGUGGCCUGCGUUUCCGCCUCAAUGCCUUCCUCACUGUCCACCUGAACACACACACUACCACCAAAGGAAAACUGCACAAUAAGUCAGGGAAAAGACCAUCGAAGAGGGAGCAGUCAGACUCUGACGAGACCUCAGACUCCCCCUCUGACGCCACCCCUCAAACCCCCACCGCUAGAGAGACCAGGAGUCAGAGGAAAUCGAAGCAGGUGGAAAACUGAAGGUGAAUGGAACACCGUCGUUCCUCUUUAUAUGCUAUGAUCUGAUGAUCCAAGGAUGAAGCAUAUUUGAUUUGAAUGUGUAUUUUUUUUACAAUCUUUGUGCUUAGUGAAACCUAGUUUUAGGUUCAGCCUAGUUACUGUUUUGUUGAUUGCUGCUUCACAAUCAAAUGUUUUGUUCAAAUUAAACUAACUUUACAAUGUC